CAGGAAAAGCACGAGUAAUCGCCGAUUCGGCAGGAAAGUUCCGAAGUGAUACUAUGGAUGGAUAGCACUGAGCAACUGGGCCAGCCACCCUAUGAGAGAGGGUGAAAUUCCCUCAUGAUGACUUGACGCUGAAGGAACCAGCAAAGGCCGCGGAAACACCGAGUCAGAGCCGCAGAUCCCGUUGCGGGUUCGCAAGACGUCACUCGGGUUUUGCUUUGCCGGGCGACUUUUUGCUCGCCUUGCGCCUUAUAUCCCGCCUGCUUCCUACAUUUUGCGUCUUCGCUUCUACAUUCUACAUUCUACAAUUCCUACUGCACUACUGCACUACUGCACCCACUCACUGCACAUAUUAUUGUGUUGGUGUGCGCCAUCCAAUUGAGAGAACACAAUCCCCAUCCACAUUACUCACCCUCAAACGAACACAAUCGCACAAUGAAGAUCCUCACCAAGGAAGAAGAAGAUGCUCACUACCGCUCCGUCCUAAAAGGCGGCACCAUCGGCGGCGUGCUGGGCCUGAUCGGCGGCGUGGCGGGCGUGCUGGCGUUCAGCAAGCGCAGCGCGACGAUCCGGAACCUGACGCUGCCGAUGAAGUCGUUCCUGGUGACCUCGUCGGGCACGUUCGUGGGCAUCAUCGCGGCGGACCACGCGUCGCGCGACUUCGAGGCCUCGCGGAACGCGAGCCAGGUGUGGUACAAGGACCGCAACGAGCGGCUGCGCCAGGAGGAGCUGGCCUCGCUCUCCACCGUGGACCGCAUCACCGCCUGGGCCAAGCGCGAGAAGUACAAGAUCGUCGGCGCCACCUGGGUCGCGUCCAUGGUCGGCAGCUUCGCCAUGGUCAACCGCAACAAGUUCCUGAGCAGCAGUCAGAAGAUCGUGCAGGCGCGUGUGUACGCCCAGGGCCUGACGCUGGCGGUGCUCGUCGCCAGUGCCGCGUUUGAGAUCCAGGACCAGCGGCGCGGGAAGGGGUUGUUGGAUAAGGCGAAGGCCGAGAAGGAGGCGGCGAAGCAGGAGAGUAAGAGUGAGCCCGCGGGUGAGGAGACCGGGGAUCUGUGGAAGGAUAUGGUUGCUGCGGAGGAGGAGCGGUUGAAGCGCAAGAAGCAGAGUCUCUACGAGCAUGAUUAUCUGGAGGGACAUGCCAAGGCGGAGGAGAAGAAGGGUCGGCCUGAAAAGAAGGAGGAGCAGGCCAAGGGGGAGGAGGGGGAGAAGAAGGAGUAGAUGCUUUUUUUGUUGCUUGAUAGACUUGGAGUGGUCUGCGGGUUUGGACCACUCUGCUUUCUUUUUUUCUUUUUACUUUUGCCUUCUUCGUCGAAAAGAUUUGGGUGCGAGGUAUCACGCUUUCUUAAUGCAUGC